AUAAACAGACGAUAGCUCAACAACAAACUAUGCUUAGAAUUCUAUUAGAAUUAUCCUCUUCAUUGAAAAUAUAGUCUUUUUGACAUACCGAUUAUAUACAGUAUAUAUAUAGUUUGUUUUAGUUGAAUAAAGAAGCAUUAUGAUUCGGUUCUUUUAUUGCUUAACUAAUAUACUUUUAUAUGUAUUUCUCUCCUCUUCUUUGGCUUUUGCAAUGCAAGCCUGUGAAGAAUACUUUUACGGAGCAAGUUGCGAAAAAUUUUACCGAGGUGUUAAACUUAUAGAAUACGUAUCUCAUAAACAUGAUCAGAAACCGGACGUAAUAUUGUCAUAUAGAGAUUGUACUGUAUGGUGUCGUAAAAAUUCAUUUUGUUCUGGAUAUUCAUACAACAUUGCCACGGAUGGUCAAAUAUUUUGUGAAGAAAAUGGUGAAAUAAUUGAAAAACAAUUUUGUCCUCAAUUAUAUUAUCUUCGAUACGAUUGUAUACCAGAGAGCUUUGAUGCAGUUUGGAAUGAUAAAUCCACUUUUUGGAAAACUGUUAACUACGAUAAUGUUAAAAGAGAUAUUAAUAAUAUGAUCAAAAGUGACGAACGUUACAGAUGUAAUAGUUUAAAAUAUCAUGGUCGGAAGAAUAUUGCCUUUUUAAAGUCAGUAUCUUUGACUGGUACUUCCUCUUUGAAUUCCCUUUUCCAUCCUCAUCACGCUGUCGAUGGAGUAACGAAUACCAAUGAAAGCUUUGGAGGUUGUUUGUCAGUGACAAGCACUAAUUCAGUUUUAAGUAUUUAUCUAGGAUUUUCAACACAAGUCCAUAGCGUUGCCAUCUUAAAGAAUAAUGAUAAUUUCUUACCAGAUGUUAGAAUAUUAGUUAACGAUACAACAUGUACAGAUUCUAGUUAUGUUUAUCAGCAUUUACAAGAAUUAGUUUUUGUUUGCAAUAUUCAAAACUAUGGAUCAGUAGUAUCUAUAGAAAGUGCAGAAGCCUUCUCCCUAUGCGAAAUAAGCGUCUAUUCAUAUCACUUGAACGCUGGAAAAUCGGUUUUCUUAAGGACAGAUGCUUUCACACGACCAACAACCAAUAUAGUGUUAAAUACUAUUUAUCCUGUGAAUUUUGCUUUCCCGAGUCAUUUUCUUGAUUUGGAAGAUAUUUUUAGAGUUGUAAGUGUUACAGCCAAACUAACAUCGUCACUUAUUAAUGAAUACGAAGUGUUUGUCACGAAAACUUUAAAUAUCUUAAACAGUGAUAAAACCUCUUGUCCAGUCAAUGUCGAUACCGUUGAUUGUUCAUUGGAUAGUGAAGGGCGUUAUAUAUCAUUUAAACCUUUAACUUCAACCAAUCAUCAUAUGCAUUCUAUUGAAGUUUUUGGUGAAAAAAUUACAGAAAAUUCACCAAAAAAUUUGGCUUUAAAUAUGCCGAUUCUUCAAGAAUCUGGAAAGUUUAGUCCUACAUUUGCUGUUGAUGGUAAAUACGAAACUAGUACCGAAUUGAAUCAGGACGAUUUUAUAAGUGUUUACCUUGGUGGAAGAUAUUCCGUUACAUCUUUUAUAAUAUUCUAUCUAAAUACACAAAAUAUGAAUAUUACGGCUGGCGUUAAUCACCAAAAUCUAUACUUUAAGGAAGCGAAUUGUUUGUCAAAACAGACGAUUGUCUCUUCGAAUGAUAACAAUUAUAAAAUGUUUGAUUGUAGCAAUCCGUCUCCUAUAGGAUCUGUAGUAAAGGGAAUGCAAAUUACAUAUUCAAACUCUCAAUCGUUUAUUGCUACUAUGAAAUUCUAUAUUCUUAAGGAUAUUUCGCAAAGGAACGAUACAAUUGAAUUGUGCGACGUACAUGAUACUAAUACGGGAGGAGAGAUUCUCCAAGGAUCAAUCAUCCAAUACUUUUGUAAGACUACCUUAGAAGGUAGAUAUUUUGUUUUAGAUACAGAUGAAAGACCCUAUAUUGAAUCUAUAAUAUUCUAUGCAAAGAGCUACUCGUUUAGGAGAACGGGAAUAACGAUAUUAAACCUACAAACUAUGUUUGUCGAUUGGUUUAGUUCGACAUUUACGAAUUGCGCAAAGCUAUGUUUCGAUCAGAGAGAUUGUAGGUCAUUCUCAUUCAAAUGGAGCGAUACGGCUUGUUCAAUAUCGGAGAAUUUCUUAACUGAUAACGGUCAGAGAUUGGAUUCGAUAGCCAUUUACACUUUAAGGGCUUAA